AUGGUGACUCAUCGAGGAAUCGAGGCUAACCCUAACCAGAUUAAGGUAAUAAACAGUCUACAACCACCACAUAAUCCCAAAGAAGUUCAGAAGCUAACUGGAAUGACUACUGCCUUGAACUGGUUUAUCUCUCGAUUAGUGGAUAGACGCAGACCCUUCUUCUUAUUGAUAAAUAAAUGGAAGGGAUUCGAAUGGACCGAAGAGUGUGCUUUGGCCUUCCAGCAACUUAAGAAAUAUCUCUCUUAUCCACCUAUCAUGUCUAGUCUUGAGAUUGAUGAAGUUCUAUUUGCUUAUAUCGUUGUGGCCCCUCAUGCUGUGAGUUUGGUAUUGACACGGGUUGAUAGUGGCAUACAACGGCCAGUUUACUAUGUGAGCAAGUCACUACAUGAGGCCAAGGUUCGCUAUCUACCACUGGAGAAGGUCAUCUUGGCAGUGGUGCAUGGAACACGAAAGCUUCCCCAUUACUUCCAAGCAUACACGGAACCAUUAUACUGGAAGGUGUAUGUUGAUGGAGCAGCGAACCAAGGGGGAUCCAGAGUGGGGCUAGUACUGGUCUCCCCUGAGAAGCUCACCAUUGAAAAAUCAUUAAGAUUGGGCUUCUCGGUCACAAACAACGAGGCCAGAUAUGAAGCAUUGCUGGAAGGAAUGUCUAUGGUUCAAAAGAUGGGGGGAAAAGCCAUGAAGAUGUUCUCGGACUCAAUGUUGGUUGUUAGCCAAGUCAAGGGCGAGUUAGAAGCAAAAGAUGAGAGAAUGCAAGGGUAUUCUACCCCAGCUUAUCCCCAGGAGAAUGGUCAAGUCGAGGCUGUUAACAAAGUCAUAGUGAACGAGAUUAAAAAGAGAUUGGAUGAUACGAAAGGAAGAUGGGUGGAAGAAUUGCCACACGUCCUGUGGACAUAUCGAACAACACUUCGGAGGUCAAUAAGGGAGAUCCUCUUUUCAAUGACUUAUGGAGCAAAGGCCGUCAUUCCUUUAGAAACUGGCUUCCCAACGCUAAAGACCAGCUCAUUCAAUCCGAGCAGUAACAAUGAAUUGCUAGAAAAGAACUUAGACUUUAUUGAAGAAAGAAGAGAAAGUGCAAUGGUCCAAUUGGCGUACUAUCAACACAAACUCAAGUAA